AUGGAGCGGCAGGAACAGGGACACUCGGAGCUGCUGACAGGCAGCUCCCCCUCAGGGCGGCCUGCGAUAAAGGAGAGGAAGCGGUGCAUCAUGGCGCACUGGCUGAACAUGGUCCUGAAGAAGAAGCUUGUGCCGCCCCAUCAGGUCCUGUACUUUCCACUGGCCUUCCUGCUGGGGGACAAGCCGUGCUCCCAGCAUAUUAUCUCCAUGACUGGGUUCGUCAACAGUGACAGGGACGACCUUAAGCUAAUGGUGUACCUGGCAGAGUGGCUGGAGGAGUGCUUCAAGUGCCAGAAGUUCAUCGACAAGCAGAACUACCUUCUCCGAGAUGCAGAGGCCGAAGUGCUUUUCUCCUUCAGUUUGGAGGAGUCCUUGAGGAGGGCCCACGUUUCUCCGCUUUUCAAGGCGAAAUACUUUUACAUCACUCCUGGGAUCUGCCCAAGUCUAUCAGCCAUGAAAGCGAUUGUGAAAUGUGCAGGAGGCGAAGUUUUGUCUAAAGAACCAUCUAUCAGGAAACUCAUGGAACAUAAACAGGAUAAGAGUUCGUCAGAAAUAAUUUUAAUAGCCUGUGAAAAUGACCUUCACUUGUGUCAAGAGUAUUCUGCCAGAGGAAUAGAUGUUCACAAUGCAGAGUUUGUUCUCACUGGUGUGCUCACUCAGACACUGGACUAUGAGUCAUAUAAAUUUAACUGAUGCACCUGGGCUGGUGCCAGGAGCAGUGUGGGCUUGCCCUCGGCCCUACUCCCUCAGAUGCCCUUGUUUUUCAGCUACUUUCUUUGAGACAAGCGUUUUUAUGCAGGAAGACAAAUAUAUUAAAUAUGUUGCAUCUUAUUAAGAUGUGUAAUAUUAUUCUGAGGAAACAUAAAUCAUAUUUUGUAUUAUAUGACUUUUAAGAGCGCACAUUGGU